UGUGUGUGUGUGUGUGUGUGUGUGUGUGUGUGUGUGCGUGUGUGUGUUGUUGCUGAACACAGACUCUGUUGCUAUGGUAAUGACACUAUGAUUCCCAUUAUGCUCCCCUCUUUUUUUCUGGCUUGGUUACAGAUGCUGCUGUUAGCAUUAGCACUAGCAUUAACAUUGUGUGUUUGUGUGUGUGUGUGUGUGUGUGUGUGUGUGUGUUCUGUAUGAAUGCUGCAGUGUUUGUAUGCUUAGAGAUGAUACCAGGGUAAUUUCUCUCUCUUUCCAUUUUCUCUAUCGACCCUUUGAGACGUUAAUGCGCCUGCGCAUCUCCCUCUCUCCCUCCUCCCUCUCUCCCUCCCUCUCCCUCUCACUCUCCUCUCUCUCUCUCUCUCUCUCUCUCUCUGUCCCUCCAUCACAUGCACCGGAGCAGCACUAGCAGCAGCAGUGGUGUUUGUGGUGGUGUUUGAGAGACAGAGAGACGGAUUGCACGAGUGCUUGGACAGAGAAACGAGCGACCGAAACAUAAAGCAGAGGAGAAUAAAGACGGAGAGGAGGAGAGGAGCAAGGGAUGGCGGGGAGGAGGAGGAGUUGCAGCACCAAGAGGCUGUGGAACGAGAGAUAAGCUCAGAGAGAACGACAGAGUGGAUUUGGGGAGGGAGGGAGGGAGUGAGGGAGGGAGGGAGAGAGGGAGGGAUAAUAGAGUGAUAGAGAGAGGGAUGGGCCUCACAAACAGAGCUGCACUCAUCCGACUGAUCCAGGACUAAAUAGUAUGCUGGAUAAGAGUGAGGUGUCGACGCUGCCUUUGCCCCCCUCAGUGGCCCAUGGCGGCUCAGAUGGGAACAUCAGCACAGAGGGGGUGGGGUCUGCAUUGGGGGCAGGACCAUGGCAGGGGGAGGGUCCAGGGGAGGGGCAGCGAACACGUGCUGCUCUGGAUCACCUGCAGCAGAAGAUCCUAAAGAUCACUGAGCAAAUUCGUGUGGAACAGGAGGCGCGCGACAACAACGUAGCCGAGUAUCUGAAACUGGCUCACAACGCUGACAAACAGCAAGCGUCAAGAAUCAAACACGUCUUUGAGAAGAAGAACCAGAAAUCUGCACAAACCAUCGCACACCUGCACAAAAAACUCGAACACUACCACAAAAAGCUCAAAGAAAUCGAGCAGAACGGUUUGGCACGUCAGCCCAAAGACGUUUUGCGGGACAUGCAGCAGGGCCUGAAGGACGUUGGAGCCAACGUGCGGGCCGGUAUCAGUGGCUUCGGAGGAGGUGUAGUUGAAGGUGUGAGGGGCGGAGUCUCAGCACUCAUACGCAACAAGUUUGGCAGUGCAGAUAACAUCACCCACCUAAAGGACACGUUAGUACCUGGCCAUACAGAGGAAGCGCCCCCUCGUGCACUUAGUGGCAGUGCUACUUUGGUUUCCAGCCCCAAGUAUGGAAGUGACGAUGAAUGCUCAAGUGGCACCUCCGGGUCUGGUGCAGGGAGCAACUCUGGAGGGGGUGGGGCCAUCUGCAUGGGCAGCCCACGACUGGAUGGUCACCAUCAUCAUCAUCAUCACCACCAUCAUCACACGGCUGCAUCAUGGGAUGCUCUGCUCGAGGGAUUACAGGAGAUUAAAGCCAGUCAGGUGCAGUUGGAGGAUGCAAUGGAGGACAUGAAGUCACGACUCCAGAGUGACUACUCCUACAUGACCCAAUGCCUGCAGGAGGAGAGAUACAGGUAUGAGCGUUUGGAGGAGCAGCUAAAUGACCUUAGUGAACUCCAUCAAAAUGAACUGAGUAACCUGAAACAGGAGCUGGCCAGUAUGGAGGAGAAGGUGGCCUACCAGUCCUAUGAGAGAGCUCGAGACAUCCAGGAGGCAGUGGAAUCAUGUCUGACACGUGUCAGUAAGCUGGAGUUGCAGCAGCAGCAGCAGCAGGUGGUGCAGUUGGAGGGUGUGGAGAACGCUAACGCCCGUGCUCUCCUCGGGAAGCUCAUUAGCGUGCUGCUAGCUCUUAUGGCUGUACUGCUCGUGUUUGUCUCCACCGCAGCCAACUUCAUCACCCCGCUCAUGAAGACCCGAGCACGCAUCGCCUCCUCUGUUUCCUUCACUCUCUUCCUCUUCAUGCUCUGGAAGCACUGGGAUUGGCUGGAACUCUGCUUCCUGUCUGGCUGAAGUCACAUGACUGCACAGUUCCACCCACUGGUUCUGUGUUUGUGAAGAACAGAUAAAACUCCUCACAUGAACACUGUUACCUCCACAGAGACAGUAAGUGGGACACGUCCCAUUUAAACCAGAUCUGUCAGUGUUCGGUACAUAUCUGGAGUUCAGCACAUUGUUGUGCACUAAAGCACUCCGGUUUAACUCAUAAUAUUUAAAUGCCAUAUUUCCCAUACUAUAAGACGCAUUUUCUUGCCUGCUAUCGUUUUAGAUUGAACAUAAUAAUAUGUUACUUGUGUGUUUACGAAGGGUGUGAGGGUCUAGCAUGUGAAGGUUCAGGCUCACUACUCACUGUUAGCUUGGUGCUAACAUCAUACUAAAAACCUUCAGUAGCACAAAUAGCAUUACUGUAGCCAGAGACUGGACUGGACCUCCAGGAGGUCGCAAACAACACAGACAUGCAUUUCACAUGUCCAAAACUGUGUGAACAGGAUUGACUUGAAGAAAAACAGAAAUGUUACAGCACUAGUUCUGCACUGAGAUAAAUGCCUGGACAUCACAUUCGCUUCAGAUGGCUGUGUAGUAAAGUGAGACCCAGCACUCACAACACACACUGCAGCAUGACUGCAUUUCUAAAACAGUUCUCAGGAGGAGAGUUUAUUCAAGACACAAUGUAAUGGGACUUUAUAGCGAUAAUAAUCUUCUACUUAGAGUCUGUAGAGCUUGUGUACGUGCAGGAGUGACCAUCAUUAUCACGCUAAUGCAAUAUCCAGGUGUUUAGACAGAUGCAGUGCUGGUUUACAACACUAGAGGGCGUUGUGUUGGACACACCGAGUUUGACCAUAAAGUACAAUAUCUGAAUGCGGCUUAUAGUGCAGGAAAUAGGGCAGGUGUGUGAGAGUGUGUACACUACAGUCAGCUUUACACACUCAUCUGAUCUUCUGAAACAGAAGAAAUGAGAUGACGUCAAAGUCAUGUGUGCAUUUCUUACCGUUGAAAAAGACCCAAUGUUGUUGCAUGUUUGCGCUGUUUUCAGCAUUUUAUCUGUUUCUGUUCUAAUAAGGUCUCGGCUUUCAGGCUGUGUCAGUAUAGAAUAGAAUGCAAGCUAGCAGGCUACGCUACAUGUCGAUUAACAGCACUGCACUUUAGCAUUAGCUCUCCUGUAGCAGAUAUUUAGCUACAGAAUAUGGCAGCAAGCAAACUAGUGCUAUGGAAACUCUUGUGUCAUGUCAUUGAACCCAGUAGCCAUGUUUAAUGGCUAGCUAGCAACUUAUGUGCGUCUCUGUCUCAGACUAGCAGACAGAAUUUCACCUAAACAUUCCAUGUAUUUGAAUAAAAGGACAAGCGUUAUAUCCCUGUUGUGUUGCUACAAUGUUGAAGCUAAAUGUGUUAUUUGUGUUAGCUGUUGUUAUGCUAAGUAUUUAUUUGUGUAUUUUGCAGACAUGUCUGGGGUAAAUAUUAACGUCCUGGACACUUCUGCAUCUUUUAGCUCUCACUUUGUCUGUAUAUAGUAUAUUUAAAACACUUGCCUGCUAGCUAAAUUGUUAGCCUCAGUUCUUAGCUAGCUUUUGCUUAAAGACUGUAUUUCCUACAAACAGCUUUGAUCACACAUUACAUUAUAUUUUGAGGACAGAUACCGGAAUCAGCAGAAAGCCGAGACUUUUCGCAUCACAGCAGUGGCAUGUUCCUCGAUGUGUUCCUGAAUGUUUGGUUGUCAGAGCUCUUCGGGACAUCUCCACCUCGCGUUGUCCACGUGUACCUCCACGCCGAUGAUGAAGCUGCCACUGCGUACAUGCAGCACCACACUAACCCUUUUAUAAAGUUCAUAUCUGUGUGUGUGGGUUACAGAAGAACAGCAGAACCGAACCAGACUGUAUGUGUGUUUCGCUUUACAAAGAUCUCUGCUGAGGAACCGGACUGUGAGAACCCAGGGUUCCUCAGAGAUCUGAUCAAUAACACUGUCCAUCAUGGCUGUUUUAUAAGCGCAGAAUUGUACAGAGUCACAGCUGCACCUCAAUGGCAUGUUCACUCACUUUUCAUAUUUAUAUCCAGUUUGCUAAAAUCCAACAAAUACUGCACUGUACUCCAAAUAAACACAUUUCCACAAUUGUGUGAUCAA